AUGCCCACGCUCAUACAGAGAUCGACGGUCGAGUUCACGUGCACCAACCUAGAUACCAAGAUGGCAGGGCAUUUUAUCGAGUAUCUCGUUUCGAAGCCGUACGAGCUGCAGGGGAAAAGGGCGAAGCACAUCUUACCUGGUCUGGAGAGGGCGAUACCCGAAGAGCUCAACAUAAUGCAUUGGCUGGACCCCGACUCGUUCAAUACCGUGUUGACGAAAGUAUCGACAUGCACUUUCAUGCCAAUGGCUGACAGGGCCUCCUCCAACAUGGGCAUCCUGAAGCCCUGGGGCAGCAAGGCCGCAGAGAUCGUGGAGCAGAAGCAAGCGAACACCAACGCGUUCAACUGGCCAGAUACGUGCGGCAUCCACGCUCACCAUCGGGGGAAGCUGAAGGUUCGAGGACUCAAACCUCAUACGAUGCGGCACUUCUCGAUUGCUUCGGCCAAUCGCUAUCGGUCGCAACUCGCGCGUACCAUCACGGGGGUUGAGCUUCUGGUUGAACGGAAGCUCGAGCGAGUAUGUGGAGCACCGCCAGAGGUGCAGCACAGCUUCCAAGCGGUGGCUGACAUCUUGUUCGACCUUAAGGCGGAUUUUCAUCUUCGGGAUGGUGGCCGCAACGAGUCGCAGUUCAUCAAGGACCUGAAGGCCGUGGCGCCCCUGGUGAAUGGCAGCCUGAGCGGCGAGAAGCUCGCCCACUACUGCCGCGACCCCCGCACUGGCCGACCCUGCUGUAAGAACAGAGCAGACACGGUUGACAAGAUGUGCACCGCAUUGGUCCACGCAUUCUUCGGUGCAUCCGACCCGCGGCCGUGCGAAAGCCGUUGGACGAACACUCUCAUAAACAUGAAGCGCUCGCUGUUCAGAAAGCUGGUGCACGGCAUCGGGAUCGAGAGUUUCUUGGGGGAUGGAGCGCCUGAGGACCAGCAAGAUCAGGAGGAUAUACCGUUGCUGAGGGAAGUUGAUGGCAUGUCAGAUAGUGAUUAUUGGGAGCACGUCUUCAACGUCAGGGCAAAAAAGAUACGCGAAUAUUACAGCAACGAUACAACGUUCUGGGAGCUUGUGGUCUACAUGGGGAUUCUAGAAGUAUCGGGCUCCACGCUGCUAUAUCCUCUUUUGGGUGAUCCAAUUCCGAACCCGAGGAAACCUAAGCGUUCCAAGAUGGACACUUUGCUCGACAAGCAGACGCCCGUCAUUGGCAGCUUCACCCAGCAGAUGCUUGAAUUGGCCGACUCGUGGUGCGCCGAAGUCCCAAGGCGGAAGCCAUGGUGCAUUCUUGACAUCCUGAAGGCGCCGCUCACGAGCCAACAAUUCUCGCGAUGGGCACGGUCGCAGAUCCUCAAGCUCAAUAGCGUGAUGAUCCGCAGAUACGAAAUCAGAUUCGCCACGCACCCCUACUGCCUGUACCCGCUGACUGUCACUGAUGCGACCCUGCCUGAGUUGGAUGAGUUGGCCAGGAAGGUGUUGGAGGCGCCAGCGCACAUGCUGGACUCUUACACCAAAGGCAUCAGAGCGCGGUAUCAUACACGCGACCUGCUCAUGUCUGACGAAUGCCGUUCGACGCUCUUCGGCGAUUUCUACCAGCACGCGUACGGGGCAGACUUCAUAGAGUGGCUCAACAGCGAGUACACGUCGAAGCACCCUGUUCGAGCCCCAGGGCGCAGCAGCCUGAACGCUCAGCGAGAGCACCUCCUUCAGCAGAUCUGCACUGUGCACAAGUGCCACGGCGGACUACACCCUUUGCGGGCUGGGGGCCUCAGCGGAGCGGAGAAGGAGGAGAUCGUGAUAGCACAGCCUCUCUUGCGGGAUUUGGUCAUGCGCAACACGUGUUCAGGUUUGGAGCUGGAGGCGGAGGAAGCUCGACGCCAACUUGCACUUGAAGAUGGGGAGGCGCAGCCGUCGGGCGCACGGCCUCAAUCCUCCGCCAUCGUCUUGGAGACUGCAUUCGAUGACCCAUUCGAGCAAGAGUUUGUAGCGCGAAGGAAGAACCCUGGGCACUGGGGAGCUACCGAGCCAGCCAGCGAGGGGGGCGAGGGCGAGCAGCACCGCAGGGGGCUGAGCACGUACAUGUUGGAUAAGAACAAGUACAUGGAAACCGUCAAGUCAAUGGCGGGGCGGAAGCUGACCAAAGACGAGCGCGAUAAGGCCACGUUGGACUUCAAGGUGAUGUUCGCAGAGUGCGACCAGGAGACCCUCAGGGAGGCGCGCGAGCUCUGGAGGCUCAAGCCCAAGGAAGACACUCCAGACACAAUCCAGAAGUACAGGGCAAUGUGGGGCGGGGGAUGCAGCUCGUCGCCCAUCACUUGCGAUGAGUUCUGCAGGUGGGUUAGCGCUCACGGCUGGCCGUCGCGCGCAGAGGUAUUCGACGACGACUUGGAGUACAGGCAGGCGAUGGCCGACGACGCGACGGACUUUGAGCUCACGAAGGACUUCGACGUGUGGGGCGUCGGAAGGGGUGCCAGGAACGUCGACCGAUCGAACUCCAGAGCGCCCGAUGCGUUCGAACCGAUCGAAAAGGGCAUCAUGAACUACAUGGAGCACAUUGGCGCCCAGAAGGCGGAGGAGGGCGACAACAUGCUCAUUGUGGAAGGCCCUGGCACUCGUGGUGGUUAUUUUCGGUCCGUCGUCAUCGUGAGCGACGUGACGUGGAGCCCCAAGAUCUUCGACGUCACCAAGAACGAGUUCUUGACGGGCAUCAACGAGACGACUGAGGACUGGGGCCUGAAACAACAAACAUGUUUUCGUUUGGCCUUGAUGGAGUUGAGGUUGCCCUGCCUCGUGAAGAUCUCCGUUCGCGCCAACUUCGUGUCGGAACGUUUCGAGGCGAUGGAUUCGAUGACGUCGGACCAGUGGAUUGACCUAUUAGUGGAUAAGAUGUCGAGCAUGACCUUGUACGAGGCGGAGUACAAGGUCAUGCACUUCGGGGGCAGCCUUCGCCGCUCCAAGAUCCUCGGCCGCACCGAGCUGGGCGUUCUCUGGGAGCCAGGGCAGAAGAAGCCGCUCACCUUCAAGACCAACAAGCCGAAGGGCCACGAGAUCUGGAAGAGGGACAUCAUUGACACUGACCCUCUCAGCGAAGAGGCGGCCAGGCAAGCCCGAGAUCGUGCCGCUGCGCCUCCAGCGAUCGCCGACGGCAGUCUCGCGCCCGAGUCCGCAGGGGCAGCAGGUGAGGAUGCUGGCGGCGGCCCAGUGCAGAAGGAGCCCGAGUUCGACAUGGCAGAUGAUAUGGCAUCGGUUUCGUCGGUGGAGGAGCUCGAGGAUGCAUGCAACGAGAUGCCGCCCGAACUGGAGGAGCCCGUCUUGCCUCCUCCCGCAGUGGACCACCGAGAAGUCGAGCCCGCUCAGGGGGAUGCCGACGACGGCGAUGCCGACUUCCUCGGGAUGGCGGCUAUGCGCGUGAAUGAGGCCGCGGGCGCAGCCGACGAUGAGCCUCCGCAUCCAGGCGACGGCGACCCUCCACCUCCAGGCGGAGGGGCAGGGGCGCCUUUGCAGCCGUGGCAGGAGGUCUCGGACGUCACGGGGAGCGGCUACUGCUACCGCGGUGGUCGGUCGGUGCUCCGCAUCCUGCGGGGCAAGCCAGCCAAUUCCAUCACCAUCAAUUGCUACUUGCAUCGCGGGUGCCACCUGUGCGUUACCGAGCGCCUCGGCCCCGCGACGGACGAGGAGGUGAAGCGGUGGCUGUUCGAGGUCCCUGCUACGCCUCCGACGGCAAGCAGUGCCGAGAACAAGGCACUCGCGACUGCCCACAUGGACCUCGGCAAGUCCAAGCGGGGCGCGAGGCGGCCGCGGCCUGCCAGGUAG